CAACGGGGCGUGCAAUUGUUCCGAAGGAUGGAGUGGAGUUAGAUGCCAAGAAGACAUUAAUGAGUGCGAUACUAACACGUGCCCGGAUAACUCAAAAUGUGUCAAUACGGAAGGAUCAUUCUACUGCAAAUGUGACGUAGGUUAUUUCACGACCAGUGAUGGAACUUGUCAAGGUUGUCGACAGAAUACAUUUGGUUAUGAGUGCAACAGCACGUGCGCCUGUACAAUUGACAGCACACAGUUAUGUAAUGCUACAAACGGUUCGUGUAAAUGUAAGACUGGUUGGCAAGGAGACACGUGCAGUGAAGAUAUUGACGAAUGUGCAGCCGGAACGUUUGUUUGUCCAGAAAACUCCACGUGUGAUAAUACAGACGGCUCAUACAAAUGUAAUUGUGUACCUGGAUACGUUAAAACCGGUGGCGCAUGUAGAGAAUGUGAUGGCUUUUCAUAUGGACAAGACUGCGCUACGCCAUGCGGGUGUAACUUUAAUAACGCGCGAUCAUGUCAUCACGUGACUGCAGAAUGUUCUUGUAGACCAGGUUGGACAGGACAAUUCUGCGUUGAUGAUAUUGACGAAUGCUCGGUUAAUCCGUGCACAACCACUCAUAAAACAGUUUGUGAAAACAGCUUUGGUUCCUAUUCCUGCGGUUGUGUAGAUGGCUUUGAACUUGCUGAUAAUGGAACAUGCAUUGAUAUCGACGAGUGUGAUAAAGGCACCGAUGAUUGUUUACAGAGUUGCACCAAUACCAUUGGCUCCUUUAAUUGUUCUUGUGAUGUUGGUUAUUCCGGAACAGGAAGUAACUGUACCAUCUGUCCAGAUGGUAAUUACGGUGAACACUGCACGGAAACCUGUGAUUGCGACAAUGACAACACCGUGUCAUGUGACUCUGUCAACGGGGCGUGCAAUUGUUCCGAAGGAUGGAGUGGAGUUAGAUGCCAAGAUGACAUUAAUGAGUGCGAUACUAACACAUGUCCGGAUAACUCAAAAUGUGUCAAUACUGAAGGAUCAUUCUACUGCAAAUGUGACGUAGGUUAUUUUACGACCAGUGAUGGAACUUGUCAAG